UAUCAAGUAAAAAAGAUGGGAUAUUGAUACGUGUAGCAAAUAGUUUUUCACGAUAAUUGCCAAAAAAUAAUUAAAUUAUAGAAUAUUAUUUAUUAAAUGGAAUAACAGUAAUUAAAAUGGAGGAGGAAAAAAGUGCUAUAGAUGUUGGCGUAGGGAGACAUUUUACUAAAAUAUCACAGAGAUAUCAACUCAUAUUGGAUAAAUGUACACCACACAACAGAAUCCGGUGGAUUUCUGCUUUCAUUCUUGUAAUAGUAUUUCUUUUAAGAAUUUUUAUUAAACAAGGAUGGUAUAUUGUUACUUAUGCACUUGGAAUAUAUCAUCUUAAUCUUUUCAUAGCGUUUUUAACACCAAAAAUCGAUCCAGCGUUAGAUUUUGAUGCUGACGAUGGACCUGAAUUACCAACAAAAGCUAAUGAAGAAUUUAGACCAUUUAUAAGAAGGUUACCAGAAUUUAAAUUUUGGUAUGCAAUUACCAAGAGUACGGUGAUUGCAAUUAUUUGUACUUUUUUCGACUUUUUUAACGUUCCAGUGUUUUGGCCGAUAUUGGUUAUGUACUUUAUAACAUUAUUUUGUAUAACAAUGAAACGUCAAAUUAAGCAUAUGAUUAAAUAUAAAUAUUUACCAUUCACUCAUAAUAAACCAAGGUACACAUCAAAAAUAGAAACCAAUUGACAACUAGCAGCACAGUCGCAUCCAACAGAUCAAAGUUGCAAAAUUAAUCAAAAUAAUGAUGUGAAUAAUACUAUAAAAGAAGAUGCUUCACCACCAAACAUUACAGUUAUUUGAUUGUUAUGUUGAUGAAACGUUUUAUUUACAUUUUUAUGUUUGUAUUUUAACUUUUUGUUCUAUAAAUUUUGCGUUAUAACUUUUAUUUAAAGAUGUGACUUGUGCGCAUAUGUAUAUGAUUUAAAAGAAGAGUAACAACAUACUACUAUUUCCUCUCACAAAAAGAGACACAAAAAAUAAAAAAAGUAAAAUAGGAAACGUAAUUGUUUAUAAAAAAAUUUCUUAAACAAAUAGCCUCAUGAUUCCAAAAUUUAGAUUAUUAAUAAACAAAAUGUGUUGUUUAAUAUAAGUACAUAAAAAAAUAAGAAAAUGCAAAACAUUUUGAAAGCUUGUUUCAUUUUUAAAGGUAAUGGUGCUGUUAUACAAAAUCAUGAAUAAGAAAUGCUACGUUUUUAUUUUUAGUUUCAAUUCUAAAUUUUGGAUAUUGCUUUUUUUUUAUUUUUACAAUUCACCUUUAGUAAUAAAGAUUUAUAAUUUAAUUACUACCUAGCUUUUUUAAAAAAUCGUAUUAAGUUUAAAAAUUUGUCUAAAUACUUUAUAAUAAUGUUUUUCAAAUCUCAAAAUUAAAAUAUCCAUAUAAUUGUAGUGUUCAUCAUGUAAUGUUUGCUCUUUCGUAUUCAUAUUGGCAAAUUUUGCAAAAUUUCUUGUCAUUUUAUUGAAAUAGGGUACUCCUAAUUUUUAAAAAUUGCUUAAGAUAAACUAAGUUUCGUAUGAGAAUCCAAAAAAAAAAAAAGGAAAUAAUUAAAAUUUACAAAGAUGCAAACCAAGUAAAAACGCAUUUAUUAAUUAAACAAUAUAAUAAAAAUUCAUGUAUAUGUAUUUAAAAUAUUUUUUUCGAAUUUUCCCCAAAAGACAAAUCGAAAACUCUGAAUGUUUUUGUUAAUUUUUAUUAGUUUUCUUUGAUUUUUUUUUUUGUCAUCAUAAAAUAUUUCUUUUAUAUACAUACUGUAUAAUUUUUAUUUUAUUUUUUAUUUUACAUCAACAAAUUAUUGAAAAUAGUUUA